AAGCGGAAGCCAACACCUUCUGGGGCCAUAGAGGGGCAGUGAUGUGCGGGACGCGCUCGGAUUUGGCAACAAUUGAUUUCAACUCUAUUGCAUAAAAUUGUCUGCAGUCUGGCUCAGAACACCGGAUUUCAGCAAUGGACGAGCCGAUGACGGACGCCCCUGGGGCGCAGAUCAGGGUGACCUUCACCACAACCGAGCCCGACCUCCAACUCCCCGAGAGCAAGCGGCAGCUUCUCGUGCCUGCAGAUAUCCGGCGCUAUGGUCUCUCCCGAAUCCUCAACUCCGAGUCGAUGCUCGGCACGGGGUCAAUCCCCUUCGACUUCCUCGUCAACGGCAGCUUCCUGCGGUCCAGCCUCGAAGACUACCUCACCAGCAACGGCCUCUCGCUCGAGACAAGCCUCACUCUACAAUACGUACGCAGCUUAUUACCACCCGUAUACCAAGCCAGUUUCGAGCACGACGACUGGGUUAGCGCAGUCGAUGUGCUUUCUGAGAGCUCUCCGGUGGGUCGCUGGUCCGGCGAUAGCUUCCAGGUCGGCCAGGACCGGAUCCUGUCUGCUUCGUUUGACGGGCUGCUGAGGAUAUGGAACGCUUCCGGUCAAGUCAUCGCCACUUCACCGUCCGGCAGCGGUGGCGGACACGCAACUAGCAUAAAAGCCGCCAAAUUCAUCACCAACUCCCAGCUCGCCUCCGCCGGCUGGGACCGAACAGUGCGGAUAUGGAAAUACACCGAAACCGACCAGUUCACCGGCGAUCUUAAGCCGACCCUCGAGCUCUACGGCCACACGGGCUCGAUCGACUCCAUUGCCGUUGAAGGCGCGUCCAAACGCCUGCUCACAGCCUCCGCCGACGGCGCCGUCGGGUUCUGGAGCACAUCGAAGAGCUCCGCGCCCGAAGCUGACGCUUCGCUCCUCCCCUCAGCAUCCUCCUCCAAGCGGCGCAAGAUCGUCUCUUCCACCAGCACCGCUCAGCGCGGGCCCCUGUCGCUCAUGCAGAUCCACAAGCAGCCCGCCACCGCCGCCAUCUUCGACCCGGGCGACCGCACCGUCGGCUACUCGGCGUCGUGCGACCACACCGUCCGCACCAUCGACCUGACCACCAGCACCGUGGUCAGCACGCUGGCGACCACCCACCCGCUGCACUCGCUCUGCGCGCUGCCCCGCUCGGGCGGCGGCGCGCCCCUGCUCGCGGCCGGCACCGCGGCGCGGCACAUCACGCUGCUGGACCCGCGCGCCGGCACGUCGGCGACGUCGGUGCUGACGCUGCGCGGCCACGCCAACGUCGCGCACUCCCUCGCCGCCUCGCCGCACAACGAGCACUCGCUCGUGUCCGGGUCCGCCGACGGCACCUGCCGCGUCUGGGACCUGCGCAGCGUGCGGCCGGCCACGCGGGACGAGGGCGGCCUGGGCGGCGUCUGCGAGGCCGCCUUUGUCAUCGAGCGCCAGGGCGCCGCCAAGGGUAGGAAGAGAGACUUCCCCGGCGACGGGUGCAGGGUGUUCAGCGUGGUGUGGGACAAGCAGCUCGGGAUUGUCAGUGGCGGGGAGGACAAGAGGGUGGAGGUGCAUUCGGCGGUUGGAGUGGUUGGUUCAUAAGCGCAAUAGGACGGCAUGUCGCAACCUAAUACUGAAACUGAUGUCUGAACCUGGUGUAUAUGCCUGGGCCCGUUUCCUCGAGCAGCCCUUUCACCUCGUCAACUCGAUGAAUCAAUA